ACAAACUUGAAUUUGAUAGAUCAUCAGAUAAAUCAGAUAUAAAUAUAUUAAAAAAUCUAUAUAGUUUAGAUGUAGAAUUACUAAAUAAGUUAAUCUCAAUUUUAUCUGAUCAAUCUGCAUCGAGUAAUAGUAGUAUUACUAUUACUAAUAGUUUAAAUAAACUGGUGAAGCAAGAUGAUAAAAAAGCUUAUUGCAAAGUUGAAGUAGUAAAAGAAGAUAAUACAAAAA